AGUUGAUGACGAGACGAGAGAGAGAGCACACGACCGCCUCCGGCUGCCCACGACAUCACCUGUGACGUCACCUCCAGCACCGAAGAGCACGUUCUUGUCGGCGGCGAACUGCCGCGACGUUUGCUUUUGUCGCCUCCGCCGAUUUGCCGUGCAAAACAUUGCUCGGUCUACCUUCAGUCCGUGUUGCCGUCUUGAGGCCGUUUAGCCGUUCUGACGACUCGUGCUGCGUCCAGAUCCGUAAAACUCUAAAACGGACCGGAAUGUCGCCCGUGCCUUGGCAGCGGUGAUCGAGUGUCUUGCAGGCGGAGUGCAGGAUAGCGACCACACUUUCACUCGACGGGAAGGCGUGUCCCGACUUUCCAGUGUGAUGGCAACUUAUGUUAUGGUGUUGGCUGUGUUCCUGGCGCAUCAAGCUGUGGCACAACAGACGAGUGGAAACUGUCAGACCCCAUUCAAGGAGGAAGGCAGCUGCGUGCUGACGGGGUCCUGCCCAACUCUGGACAACGUCAUCACAAACCAGACGGUGCUACGCCGAUACGUAUGCGGCUUUCGGAGAAACAAGCCCAAGCUGUGCUGCCCCACGACCUCACAGGAGGGCAAGCCUUUUGCCCAGCUGUUCACCACCACCACGCCCGCGCCCACAUCGCCCUCCGCUGCACCCGAACCUCCGCCGUUCACCUUCAUAGCCCCCAAGGCGGCCGGUAACUCUGGCGCCGCUAUCAAGCCGCUCGAGCCACCCAAACCCAUUAAGAACUACCCGAGCUUCCUACCAGGAGGCUGUGGAAUCUCGAACAUCAGCAACUCCCGUAUCGUCGGUGGAAAAAUCUCGGAAGUGGGGGCCUGGCCUUGGAUGGCAGCCAUCUACCUGAAGACAAGUGACAAGGGCAAGAUCGGCUGCGGAGGCGCCUUAGUUUCCCCCAAGCACAUCCUGACGGCCGCGCAUUGCGUCAGCGUCGGUGUGCGCGCCACAAAGCUUCCGGCGCGGCUCUUCAGCGUGCGUCUGGGCGACCACGACCUCUCGUCGGCAGACGACAACACUCUUCCCAUUGACGUGGAUGUAAACGCGGUGCACAGGCAUCCCAGCUAUGAUCGCCGUACAUACAGCAACGACGUAGCUGUGCUCGAGCUGAGCAAGGAGGUCUCCUUCAACCAGUUCGUGCAGCCCGUGUGCCUGCCUUUCGGGGAAAUCUCCAAGAAGGAUGUGACCGGAUACCACGGGUUCAUCGUCGGCUGGGGAGCCACGCAAUUUACCGGGGAAGGCAGCAGCGUGCUCCGGGAAGCCCAGAUUCCCAUCUGGGAGGAGGCCGAGUGCCGGAAGGCGUACGAGAGACACCUGCCCAUCGAGAAGACUCAGCUGUGCGCGGGAGACGCCAACGGCAAGAAGGACUCCUGCCAAGGCGACUCCGGAGGUCCGUUGGUGCUUCCUUUCGAGGGCCGCUACUACGUGCUCGGCGUGGUGUCGUCCGGGAAGGACUGCGCCACUCCGGGCUUUCCGGGCAUCUACACCAGGGUGACCAGCUACCUGGACUGGCUCAAGGGCAUCAUCAACUGAAUAUGCCCUUCCACUCAGUGUCCCAUUAUUGCCUCACUCUGCAUCGUUUGGACAUAAUGACAGCAAGUGUGAGACCAGCUGACCCAGUGCACCGAGAGGGCUUGGAAUAAAAGCGUCGUGCGGAGAACACAAAUAUUACAAGUCCAGACGACAUAGCGGAUGGAGCCGGUGUCCACCCGCAAACAUGUAUUUCGAUGUACUCGGUAUCAUACCUGUAGUUCUUUUGUUUUUCUAUUUUCAGAUACACGUGGUCGUACCGCGCAGAAAUAAAAUCUGAGAUGACUGUUUUGGAGAA